UCUCCCCACACAUACUAGUACAUACUUUUUUUUUUUCCUUCUCUUUCUCCCUUCAAGGUCUCCGAUUCCGAUAACCCCCUCUACCAGCUUUGCCCUGCCUUUUUUCCCUCCCCUCCCCCCGAAGCUCCAUUUCUCUCUUCUUCCCCUCCAUUCCUCAUUCUUCCUCUUCCUUGUUUCCUUUAUAUGCUCCUAUCCCCAGACCUUUUCUCCAGAUUUCUCUCUCUUUUCCCCUUCUCCCUUUCGACAAUUUGUUGCUGGACUACAUCCAUCUCGGGUUACCUACUUACCGUACCAAUUCCGGAUAUACUCUAUCCCACCCAUCACCACAUUCCAUAGCCUCGCCCUUUCGUUGCGAAAGUCACUAUUCCUUGAAAUUGGUUACAUCGCACUUUCUUUGAUCGCAAGGCUUGUGAUACUCCUUGCGGUGCUCGUUCAUCAACUAGUUCUUUGCCAAGACCCUCCCGAGCUCCCUUAAAUACAGGCUUCGUCCCCUCUUUAGCUACACUCCUCGGUGCUAGGUUAGGACGAGUCACAUGCCACCACCGGCUUCUUCAGUGGAUUUCACCAAUCUGCUGAACCCUCAGAAUAACGAGACUGGUUCUGCACCUUCCACGCCAGUGGAUAGCUCCAAGGGUCCCUCUACCCCGUCUAGUACUCAAUCCAACUCUACCAUGGCCUCGUCUGUUAGCCUACUACCGCCCCUCAUGAAGGGUACCCGUCCCGCAACGGAAGAAGCGCGCCAGGAUCUUCCCCGACCAUACAAGUGUCCCCUCUGUGAUCGCGCCUUCCAUCGUUUGGAGCACCAGACCAGACAUAUUCGCACACAUACGGGCGAAAAGCCACACGCCUGCCAGUUCCCUGGCUGCACAAAACGCUUUAGUCGUUCUGACGAGCUGACACGCCACUCAAGAAUUCACAACAACCCCAACUCCAGACGGAGUAACAAGGCACAGCAUCUGGCCGCGGCCGCCGCUGCUGCCGCUGCUGGACAGGAGAAUGCAAUGGUGAACGUGAACAACGCGGGCUCGAUGAUGCCCCCGCCCAACAAGGCGAUGACCCGUUCUGCGCCUGUCUCCCAGGUUGGAUCUCCGGAUGUCUCUCCUCCGCACUCCUUCUCGAACUAUGCCGGUCACAUGCGCUCCAACCUGGGACCAUAUGCUCGCAACACCGAGCGGGCGUCCUCGGGAAUGGAUAUCAAUCUACUUGCCACCGCUGCAUCUCAGGUUGAGCGUGAUGAGCAGCAUUUUGGAUUCCACGCUGGCCCACGUAACCACCAUUUGUUCGCCUCGCGUCACCACGCCGGUCGAGGCCUGCCUUCCCUUUCGGCGUACGCUAUCUCGCACAGCAUGAGCCGUUCUCACUCUCACGAGGACGAGGAUGGUUACACUCAUCGCGUCAAGCGCUCGAGGCCUAACUCGCCAAACUCGACCGCUCCGUCCUCACCGACUUUCUCUCACGACUCUCUCUCCCCAACGCCAGACCACACCCCGUUGGCAACUCCUGCUCAUUCGCCACGCCUGAGGCCAUUAGGAUCCAGCGAACUCCACCUUCCUUCGAUUCGCCACCUGUCUCUCCAUCAUACCCCUGCUCUUGCUCCAAUGGAACCCCAACCGGAGGGGCCCAACUAUUACAGUCCCAGCCAGUCCCAUGUUGGUCCCACCAUUAGCGAUAUCAUGUCCAGACCCGACGGAACACAGCGUAAACUGCCCGUUCCACAGGUUCCCAAGGUCGCUGUUCAAGAUAUGUUGAACCCCAGCACUGGGUUUACGUCUGUUUCCUCAUCGACGAAUAAUUCCGUUGCAGGGGGUGAUUUGGCAGAACGUUUCUAGCCUGUUGCCGCUGCGAAACGAAACCCUUUCAAUGUAUAAAAUUUGGGCUCAAAAAAAUUCUUGACUGUCAUACGCGCUACGAAACGAAUAGACUUUGUGCAUUUUCAGUGUGUGGUUCAUGGGCAUCAUUGGUGUCGGCUGAUUGGCUUUCUUUGCUU